AUGCCAUCUCGCAAACCAAAGCCGCAGAAGAGCUGGUCGAUGCACCCAUCCCUGCACGAUGAUGUCGCCCGCCUGCUCGCAACAGAGAACCUCUCAUUCUCCUUCCACACGGUGGACGACGACAGAGACUGUACAGAGGACUACGACACAAACAUCAUGGGCCGGUUCAUCUGUCGCAACCGCGCCUGCAGCUCGAAAGGUUGGGGGAGCAAAAAGAUCGCCAUCACGAUCCGGAUGUACCCCGGAGAAAAAUACAACGCAAGAGUAUACCACCAGCGGUGCAAGGACUGCAACUGGCUCAGUCGACCGAUUCUGGAUGCAUCGUAUGCCGACAGAGUGGCGUAUCGCAUCAAGAAAUGGCAAGGGAUCCAGAUGGAGACGCCCUACUUCUCGGGUGAAAGCAAAGGCCCCCACAAUCGGGAUCUGUGCGAGGGGUGCAGACAUGGGCAUUGCGAGAUGAGAGACAUGGCGUGGUUUUCAAGGAUGAGGAUAUGA